UACCAAAAACACCCCAGAAGGUGGUAACAUGGCUGCAUCUUGACAGGUCCCAAGGGGACAGAUUUGUCUUUUCGCACUUCUCUUCAAGAAUGGAAAAGGUCCAAAAGUGCAAGAUAUACACAUCCAAUAGGCUUUAUAUCUAACAAACAUUUAACAAAUUCCAUAUCUCAAUAUGAAGAAUGUAAUCGUUUUAUCUUUCAUGUUCAUUGCGUUCUUGUUCACUUUAGCAUCCAUCAAUGAAAUCCAAUUCGAUCAUCUAUCAAGCAUCAAAAAAUGUGCCACCUCGACAUCAUCUUCUUCAAACAACUCUGUUCUUCCCAUGAAGUCACCGGAAAACGACAUCAGAAUCCUCCUCGGAAUCCCAACCAUGGCAGACCACCACGAUCGCCGCCACUUCCUCCGCCUCAUUUACGGGACCCAAUCGGUGGUGGGAGCAAAAAUCGAUGUCAAAUUUGUCUUCUGCAACCUAACAAAAGAAGACCAAAAAGUCCUAGUAGCACUUGAGAUAAUACAACACAACGAUAUCAUAAUCUUGAAUUGCAAAGAGAAUAUGGAUAAAGGUAAGACCUACACUUACUUCUCAAGCUUGCCAGAUAUGCUAAAACCCGAUCCCGAUUCCAAUUCUGAUUCCGAUCCUUACCCGCCAUACCAUUAUGUGAUAAAGGGCGAUGACGAUACGUAUUUCCGGUUGCAAAAAUUGGUGGACACGCUUAUUCCGUUACCGAGAGAGGAUUUAUACUACGGGUAUGUGAUUCCGUGUCCUAGUAUGGAUCCAUUUGUGCAUUACAUGUCUGGAAUGGGGUAUUUAGUGUCAUGGGAUAUAGUUGAGUGGAUAAAGGAAUCGGAGAUUCCUAAGAGUCAUUUAGUGGGGCCGGAAGAUAAAAUUUUUGGGGAGUGGAUGAGAGAGGGUCGACGUGGGAAAAAUCGGUUUAAUGCCAAGUGGCAUAUGUAUAACUAUCCAGAGCCACCAACAAGGUGUACACAUGAACUUUGGCCAGAUACGGUGGCUGUACAUCUUUUGAAGACACAAGAAAAGUGGAUUCGGACUUUGUCGUAUUUUAAUGUUACACAAAAUUUAAAACCUUCAAAAAUGUACCAUAUACCCUAGUUUACGAUGGUGGUAUGUUAUAUUCUAACCAUUUUUUCAUUGUAAGCAAUAAAAAUUUCAUUUUUUGAUA